GCGUUUUGACUUUUUUUAUCUUCAUGCCAUGGCGAUGACGGCAGCAGCCACGCCGCCACCAACAUGCUGGCACCGGCACCAUCACUGUCCAAGUUCUCGUUCCUUUUCUCGCCCGAUGCAUCAAAGGCUGAGAGGUUUGGGAUUGUGCAGAAAUGGGGUUAUGGAAUCUACUUGCGGUGCUGUAUCUCGGAGCAAUCAAUUGUAUGUGUCACCUUGGGAUGAUAAACCGUUUGAAAUCCUUCCAAGUGGUAAAAAGGCUUACUUGGAUGAACAGGAUGUGGUCACGUUUCUUGAUCCUCCUAAGAACUUGAUCCCUUUGGAACCAUCUUCCUAUAAUCCCGCUGCAUACCUAUGGAAAAAAAUUGAGGAUAUUCCUGAGGAAAGGCGUCAUCGACUUCUGCGAUUGUUGAAACCUAGACUCGUGUCAAUGGCUUGGCAGAUAGCUGGUACACGUUAUGAGGAUCCUAAGUUAGUGAAGAAAAGUGCGUCUACUUUUUUGUCCAACUCCAACAAAGAUGAUGUUAUGCUUGAAUAUUAUAAUUGCAGAACAAGUGGAGGAUCAAUGCCAAUUUCUUGGAUAAAUUCCUUCAGGAAGGCUAUAUUUUCUUGCAAGGACGGCCAGGUCUAUGGGAGAAUCAUCAGUGGAUCAGCUUUGGCUGCAUUUGCUGACUCCUUCGCUCCGUUGUAUUUUAUGGUGAGACAAAUUAAGGAAGUUAUGUCAACUGAACAGCCAUGUGAUUUAGCAUAUGAAUUCGGGGAUGGAGUAUAUGAUAUCAAAGAACUCCCAUUAGGCUUCCCAAAACCAGUUAAACAUCCUUAUCCUUUCAACGAUCAAAUUGUUGUGUAUGUUCGCUAUCUAGCACCUGGGGUUUCAGUGGGGCAAGCAUGGCAAGAAGGAACGAAGUUGGAGCAAGUCCCACGAAAGUUAUGCGGGGAGAUUUUAAUGGUCAAGGAUUACACAUCAUUACGACAAGAUCAAUGAAGAAAGUGGUUAAUCUUCCCUUAGUUAAAGUUAAACGAGUCUUUUGUUAACAGUUGUGCACAUAUCAACGAUGUUUCUAUUAAGUUAUGAUGUCUGAACAUAUAAGUUUCUAAGGCUUAUAUACGAGGGAAAUAUGACUCCAUGUCCAUUUUUGCUGUUUCUGUACGGACGAUCUCAGUUUAGAGCUAGUUGAAAGAAACGUACGUUGGACGUGAUGUUACAUGUUCGGCUAUAAGAUAAGGUGAAAUGAGAAAUGACUGCUACAUUCUCAGCUA